AUGUCAAACGCGACAUUCUUUUGGUGUAUGUGGAAAUUACAACAAAGGACAGUUUACUGCGUGACCCUGGAGAAGGCUUUCUCUACAACAGGGCGUUCUAUUUGGGUCACACUUAAUGUCUGGAUGUUGAUCUUUGGCUUCUUUUUUGUUGUAGAGGAAUUUUGGUUCCAUUUCAAUUUCAAAGAAUCGUCCUAUGGUAUUUUUCUAAAUUUGAUGAGCGGUUUACCAGUGUUGGCCAUCCUCACCAGCUCCUGGAUGUUUGUGGUUAUUACCAGCGCAAUGAAACAUUGCGUGAUGCAGUGCCAAGCAGAAAUUAGACAAAACUCUAUUGACUGCAGCUUAGAUGACGUCAUUCGUAUUCAUAAACGUCUUUGCAAACAGAUGUCAAGCACAUCGGAGUCCUUAAAGGUCUGGUUUGUAACUCACUGGUUUAUGCUCGCUAUAACGACUGUCACUUAUGUUGCAAGCAUGGUAUCUUAUUUUCAGCAAGCCAUAGACUGGUACAUCCUGUACCAGCAUCUCCUCAGAAGUUUUAUACACCUUUAUAUAUUUGUGUACCCUAGCUACUGUGCUGCAUCUGUAACAACGCAGUGUAAUCGAAUGCUUAGGGAACUUAACAUGACAACAGAUGAAGACUGGCCAACAGGACACCCAUUCUGCAACCGCUCCCAGCUGGCACUCUUCCUACAGUAUGCACAGUACACCAAUUGUGGCUUUCAAGUUGGGGAGAUUGCUUUUGGUGCUAAUUUCGCAUGGUUUUCAACUCCAGUUGCAAUGUGUGGCUUGGGUGUGAAAGUCUUGUGA